AGACUACCUAAUAAAAUCCAAACCUCUCUAACCCCCCUUUAUUGCCAACGCCAACUUGCCCAAAUGCUAAGGAACGAAACCUCCUUGAACACGCAGCAGCAAAACGCAACGAUGCCCUACGUACCCGGCUACGAAGAAGACGGCCUCCUCCAGAGCCUCAACAUCACUUACCAAGACAUCGAACCCCUUGCAGACGACUGCACCAAGAUCUACGUGUGGCACACGCGGACGGAGAAGGUCCCCCCUGCCCCUCGAAUCCACACGGACUACGAGAACCUCCUCCGCAACAGCAAUCUACCCUUCCUCGAGACGCAGCUGUUCCUCGAGGACCUCGAAGCACCCCCGGAUGAGAGCGUCCCAAAAGGACAAAAACAAGCUCCAGCGAAACCAGCUGGGGCGCAAAACGCAAAGAAGUAAAAAAGGGCAGCUGAC